AUGACCACUACAACAGCAACAGUUGCUGCCUCCCAGCAAGCACACCAACCUACCAAGAUGUAUUGUGCCGGCCUGCAAUGUGGUAGAGAGACUGCCUCCCAAAUGAAAUGUCCUAUAUGUUUAAAGCAAGGCAUCUUCUCCAUCUUUUGUGACACGGAUUGUUUCGAAAACAACUACAAAGCUCACAAAGCUCUGCAUAAUGCCAAGGAGGAUCUGGAAGGCGCUUAUGAUCCUUUCCCCAAAUUCAAGUAUUCUGGUAAAGUGAAGGCUUCGUAUCCUUUGACUCCAAAGAGGUAUGUUCCUGAAGAUAUUUCUAAACCGGAUUGGGCUGCCAACGGACUGCCAGUUAGCGAGCAAAAGAAUGACAGGCUUAACAACAUCCCUAUAUAUAAGAAGGAUCAAAUAAAAAAAAUUAGAAAAGCAUGUAUUUUUGGUAGAGAGGUUCUUGACAUUGCCGCUGCUCAGGUGAGGCCAGGCAUCACUACAGAUGAACUAGAUGAAAUCGUUCAUAAUGAAACCAUCAAGAGAGGUGCUUACCCUUCACCACUCAACUACUACAAUUUUCCUAAAUCCCUUUGUACCUCUGUCAAUGAAGUUAUCUGUCACGGUGUGCCCGACAGAACUGUGUUGAAAGAAGGUGAUAUUGUCAACUUAGAUGUCUCCUUGUACUACCAAGGUUAUCAUGCUGACUUAAACGAAACUUAUUAUGUUGGCGAGAACAUUUCUAAGGAAGCCUUGAAUACCACUGAAACGUCAAGAGAGUGUUUGAAGCUAGCCAUUAAAAUGUGUAAGCCAGGUACCACUUUCCAAGAAUUAGGUGACCAAAUUGAAAAACAUGCUACUGAGAAUAAAUGUAGUGUAGUGAGAACUUAUUGUGGGCAUGGCGUUGGUGAAUUUUUCCACUGUUCCCCAAAUAUUCCCCACUACGCCAAGAAUAGAACACCUGGUGUUAUGAAACCGGGCAUGGUUUUCACCAUCGAGCCAAUGAUUAAUGAAGGUACUUGGAAGGAUAUGAGUUGGCCUGAUGACUGGACUUCCACUACUCAAGAUGGUAAACUGAGUGCCCAAUUCGAACACACUCUGCUGGUAACCGACCAUGGUGUUGAAAUCUUAACUGCGAGAAAUAAAAAGUCUCCAGGAGGCCCAAGACAAAGAGUUAAAUAG